AGGCUUUCUACCGUAAGUUACGUGAAAGCUAAUUUGGGACUACAGAAAGGUAUUGCCCUAAUACAGCUGAAUGUUGCCGUAUCAGUUUUCUUUGUUAAUGUAUUAUUCAUUGUUUUGAACAUGGCAGGACAAUGAAAGAGAAUUCUUGAAUAAUACCCUGGAGAAGCUGGAUGGUUAAAACAAUGCCAGUGCUUCCCUUCCUGUUAAAUAUAAUUGCAAAGUAAGCUGCUUGUCCUGUAUUACUUAAUAUAGAAAUGCUACAAGCUUUUUAAUAUGGCUGUAUGGUUUGACAACUGCAAUUGAUAGAGUUCUCUUUUUCUACUGCGUCUGCGUAAUAUGUUUGCUGCUGCUACCAAAAGUUUUGUUAAGCAGGUUGGUGAUGGAGGUCGACUAGUACCUGUUCGUAGCCUCAGUGAAGCUGAUAAAUAUCAACCCCUCAGUCUUGUUAUUAAGAAGAAAAGUUGUCUUAUUUCAAGAAGAUCCAAAUUUGUUUCAACGCCAUUCAGCCUAAAAGACAUUCUUCAAGGAGAGAAAGAAAUUUCAGCUGGUAUUUCAUCCUACCAGUUACUGAAUUAUGAAGAUAAAUCAGAUGUAGCGCUCAACGGUAGACGAGGAAAUCCUAUUAUGAACUCCGCUGGGGUCAAUAUCACUGGAUCAGAUUCUCUUGCAGUGAAGGCUUCCUUUGGCAUUGUAACUAAACAUGAGGUUGAGGUACCAACAUUACUCAGAGAACUUACCAGUAGAAAAAUGAAUUUUGAGCACUGCCUUGUUCGUCAGUCACGAGAAAGUAAGAGGACAGUUCUUUGUGUGGUCAUGGAGAGUAUUCGAACGACACGGCAGUGUUCACUGUCAGUGCAUGCUGGCAUGAGAGGUGACACAAUGAGGUUUCAUAUUAUUGAUGACUAUAAUUACAAAGGACGUGACAAAGCUAUUGUCUUUCCUGCUCAUACAACUAUUGCAUUUAGUGUGUUUGAGCUUUAUAUUCACUUGGAUGGUAAUUUUGAGCUCUGUGUCACUCCAGAAUCAAAAGGAGGAUUUGAAAGAGAGCCAUCAAGAUCAUUUUCACUAACUAGAUUAAGGAAUUUGUUUUAUCGAAACAAAAGGGUAAUGGAUAUCAUUGCUCACUCAGACAAUUACUUAGAUGACCUUUUCACAGACUACUAUGAAAAAGCUGCAAGCAUGACGGAUGUCUCCACAAACUAUUUCCGAGAAGGGGCCCAUAUACGAGUGAAUUUGCUUAACAAUCACAUCCCCAAAGGUCCUUGUUCGUUGUGUGGAAUGGGAAGCUCCAGAAGAGAAACUGUCUAUGGUUGCCUUGAGUGUUCUUUUAAUGGACAAAAGUUUGUACGACUACAUGCUGUGCCUUGUUUUGACCUCUGGCACAAGAGAGUGAAAUGAAAAUUUCUGGAAAUGCAUGUUGAUUGAAUCCAGAUUGUUGCUUACACUUAGUACCCACUGAAAUUAAGUCACACCUGACUUUUCCACUUUGAGGUCAGGAAGACCUAAGUACAACUGACUUGUCCUGGAUUAAACCCUAUGCAUAUAUUU